ACUUUAACGUGUGCAUCCAAAUUAGCAAAGUAAAGGCUAAAACCUAUAACUUGUUUCUGUAGUUUAUAUGGAGCUCAUAUGAUGAAUAAAGUAGUUUGCCAUACACCUAAGCAGAUAUGUACAGGCAUUGGUGGAUAAGUGACAGGUUUCUCACCUGGGUUCAAUUCCCAUUCAGUGGGUGCAGUGCUGGUCUCAAGCCCAGAUCAAAUGAGAAGAUUGCAUCAGGAAGGGCAUCUGGAAGAGUUUAGGCUGGAAGAGUGAAAGCAGAUAAGCGGCAAUACUUUAGGCUGCUGGAACUCUGCAGCCAACUAUUGACACCAGCAGUCUGGGACUUGGAGGCCUGCAGCCUGCUAAGGAUCACUCAUCUCUGCUAAGAGCUUGUCCGCCAGCAACGAGAUGAAAGGAUUUGCCGCUGUUUGAGACACAGCAAAGAUCUCCAAAACACUGACUUAAUUUUCAGCUGUUUGUCAACAAAUGCAACCAAGGGAACAGACCAUGCCAUAUUUGGUUGUGUUAAUAGCACUGCUGCUAGUUUCCCUCUCAGAGCCUUUUUCCCUAGAACACCUCAGGCAUUUAGACUGGCAGAAGGGCAUGCAGCCAGGACAGAGAUGUCCAGUGAAGUGCCAACGUGAGCAGUGCCCAGAUGCCAGGCUGCUCCAGAGUUGCCUCUGGGGUCAGGUCCGGGACCUGUGCAGGUGUUGCUGGGAAUGUGGGAAUGGAGAGGGCCAGCUUUGUGAUCCCGAACCAAAGACCGGGUCCAUGUUUUUUGGACAGUGUGCAGAGGGACUGCGUUGUAAAGCUCCACGCAGGGACCCCACAAUGAAGUCAGACCCCAAGCCUGUGUGUGUGUGCACCAAGCAGGAUAUUUUGUGCGGUACUGAUGGGAAGACAUAUGAGAAUAUUUGCCAGCUUCGAGCACUGCAGCGCAGGCUGGGUGAGCAGAAAAAAAAGGUCAUGGUGGCGCAUCAUGGACCCUGCAGAGCAAAGCCAGUCAUCACCUAUGCUCCGGGUGACAUCAUUGCUCUGGAAGGAAGCAACAUCCUUCUUUCCUGUGAGGUGUCGUCAUACCCCGUGGCAUCCAUCCAGUGGAGGAAAGAGGGAGACAGUACUUUUCUUGCUUCUGGUGAUUCAAAUACAGCUAUUCAGGCGAGUGGAGGCCCACGGCGUUUUGAGCUCACUGGAUGGCUCCAGAUCCACAAGGUCAGUCCUGAUGAUGCAGGAGUGUAUACAUGUGCUGCCAGGAACACCUUCGGUGAAACAUCUGCUUCCGCAAGGUUACAGGUCAUACGCAGAGGGUCUCAGAAAGGCAGAGAGCUUCCUGAAAGACAAAAUGAAGCUCACAGCACAUCAAUCAAUAAAGAUGAGAGUGAAGAUGAUGAAGAUUAUGAGGGACAACCAAGUGGAUAUACAUAUUUGUAAAAUAUAACAAUUCCAUUUAUCAAAGUUCUACUUGGGUCUCAUGUCUGCAUAGCAUCAUCACUUUUGUAAAAUAGUUGAUAUAGUUCAGUAAGUACCUUUUA